AGCAAAUCAGGCACACUUCACGGAAAUGUCACAUGUUGCAGCCUUCGGAACGGCAAUGGCCUCGGGGUCUUGACGGUCUUGAAUGAUAAUAGUUAGUCUGUGAUAACAGGUAGGUCAACACAGAAAGCUCAAGUCGAGUAAGGAAUUUUUUGUAGAUUUUUCUCCAUGACCAUGCAAUAACUUGUCAGCGAUUAGUGAUUAUCAAUGUAUGAUCUGCUUACCAUCAGACACAUCUUUUCGAGAGUUCAGUCAUAAUGAUCGUCCAUAGCAAAUUUGUCACAAUCCCUCACACAUGUGUCGAAUAUGUUCAUCCGUGGACCAACUCUUGUGCUGCUGCCUCUACUGGAUUAUUGUUGGCAGCUAUUCCAGAAGCAUUGAGGAUUUACAUCACAGCAUACACACUUGCACUGCUGAUGAGAGGUAAAAUUCCAUCAAAAAAAGAUAUCAAAAGAACAAUCUUAGGUAUUCUUCAAUCAUCAGCUUUCCUGACUUGUCAUGCGUUUGGCUAUUCGAUGGUUAACUGUCUUCUCCGGCGUAUUCUUGGUCAUUACAAUUUUUUGACAGUAUCUUUUCUUCCAUGCUUUAUAUCGAGUAUUUUUGCAAUUUUAGUCGAGCGACCCUCGCGAAGAAGUCUUCUUAGUCUGUAUGUCACGAAUGUUGCCUCUGAAACACUCUAUCGCAUGGCUGUCUACCGAGGUCUCAUAAGACCAAUACAGUUUGGAGAGGUACUAAUUUUCUCCCUUUCGACCUCAUUCCUCCUAUACUUCUUCCGGAACCAGCAAAGUGAUUCAUUCAGGGAUUCUAUUUUUAGUCUGUUCAGGUUUGUUGUUGGACGACAUGAAGAAAUGAAUGAUGAUAAAUCAGAAUCAUCACCUGUUCCAGGCUCAUCUCAAAUUAGAAAUCUCAAUUUUUUCGAUCCAGUGUUCCAUUUUGCCGAUUGGUUGAAACUACAGACUCUCAAUCCUUGUUGUCCUCACCCUUUUGGGUGCGCUUACUAUGCAGCUCAGGGUUUAACUAAACUGUUCGCUGUGGGAUAUGGUCUCCAACUGAGUUUGAAAAUUCUAAUCCACUCAAAAAGAAUAAUGAAGCAUCCCAGAUUACUCCCCAAAAUCAUGAUUCGACCAGACACAAUGAAACUAGGUGCAUUUCUUGGUGGUUUCUCCUUCUUGUUCCGGGCGGUUUCAUGUUCGCUGCGGAAACUUUAUGGAAGGGAUGAUCAAAAAUUUGCCAUACCAGCAGGAUUCCUAGCAGGCUUUUCAUUCUUCUUUUAUAGGGACAAUACCAUUGCUCUCUAUGUUAUGUGGAAAACUUUUCAGAUUCUGUACAAUCGUGGUGCAGAAAAGAAAAUGUUACCAGAGUUACCUCAAGCUAGUGUAUUCUUCCAUUGCCUUUCUACAGCAAUUCUUUUCCAUGCAGCCUUGCUUGAGCCUCAUAACCUAAGACCUUCGUACUGGCGAUUCCUCCUAGGAAUGUCUGGCGAGCGAGUUGCCAGAAUGGAUAGGAAAUGCUUGGAUGCCUUUGGACUUGAAUCAAGCAAAUCUUUAGAGCUCGUUUUGAGUCGUACCAAACUUGAAACUCGACCUGUUCUGUGACGGAAGCAAUAUUUCAAGCUCAGGUGUCAAAACUGUUAUUGUUGAUCUAAUUGUAAGGUUUUUUCAGGAGAAUGGCCUUGUCUCCACUGAAUUUCCCUUUGGAAUUGAUUGCUGCAAAGAGUUGCGCCAACAAACUUUAUUUGAGAAUUUGAAGGAAAAAACGAAAGACCUCAAAGGUUUGUAACUAGAUCUGUUGAUUGUCGCAAUUAAUUUUGAGGAAGUUGGAUUAAUUGCCAAUAUGUUUUGCUGCAAUCAAUUGCAAGAAAACACCUAUGGAGACUUGACCUAAUAAUUAUUACAAUGGCUCCUGGCAUAAGUGCAAGAUUUUGUUUGAUAUUUUUUUUAAAAUGAAAUCAUGGAGUCUCAUACUCCACUGAUAACUUUUAGAAUCAAAGCAAAGAUCUGUAAUGCGAUGAAGAACAAGGUGAUAUAGCGUAUAGUUAAAGUUUCAUGAAUUUAUAACUUAUCUUUAUUAAUACGGUUUUUUGUUACGUUUUUAUUUUUACUUUAAGAGUUGGAAGCACAAUGUAUAUGGGUAAAAAAAAACCAUCAGUCUAUCUAAAUGUUCGAUAGCAGAAGUAACAAGUUGUUCAAGAAGCCAUACUAAUUCUGAGUAAACUGGAAACUACGCAGGUGUAGAAUUUCCUAUGCUGGUUCAGACAUAUCAUUGAGAAAAAAAAUGUAAAAUUGUGACUUGAUUAAUAAUUCGACCUAAUUUUGUGAAGGUAUUUUAUUCAAUCUAAUGGCGAAGUGAGAAUUGCUGUUUGUUUGUUGUUUACGGAUUAGCACAAAGAAGUAAGACUAAUCCGAACCCCAAGUUUUUACAUGUACUAUUAAUAGAGAUUUCUUCCUUUAACGAAC